AUGGUAGAGCCUUGGCAGGAUCAUUCUUCAAAUCUUCAACAAUUCAAAUUUGAUGCGUCAUCGUUGCCGACGAAGAAUGUAAUUGUUUACUGCGAUCGUGCAGAAGUCAAACGAUUGGUAGUUGCCAAUCUGAACAAAGGGACGAACGAAAUUAUCAUUCAAAAUGUGUCAGCCGUAAUUGAACGCCAAUCUGUCCGAGUCGAUGGACGUGGAGCAUUAAUUCAAGAAGUUCAGUAUCAGGAAAUGCCUAUUGACACAAAAACUGAAAAUGAAAAAGUUCGUGGCUUGGAAGAGGAGAAGCUAAAACUCGAAAACGAACGAUUCACUGUUGAAGAUGAAAUCACAUCACUCAAAAAGAGAAUCGAUGUUUUGGAUGGUGUAGCUGCACAGAUAGCUGCUGGAGCUGCUUCAGCUGCUCCGUCUGGUGUUCCAUCUGGACCAGAAAUGGUCUCUUGUGGCAGUCAACCAAACUUGCUGGCACGAAGACACACAAUAACGGGUCCAUCAAAUAUAGGUGGAGGCGGCUUACUUGGUAACUCUCCAAUCGGGUUCCUAAUGAACGAAGAUGCUCUUGGGAACUUGGAGAAGUUUUUGAACUAUUAUGGAAACACUACUGGAGAUAUGAAAGCGGAAUUGAGAAAAAAACAAAGGGAAAGUGAUCAAAUCACUGAACAAAUAGAUAUCUUGGAAAGACAGAUUGAUCAGUUGAGAUGUGGAUAUGAAUACGAUUCAAUCAAAAGGUAUUUUGCAUUUUGA